AGAGAAAAAAACAAGCCAUGAGGUCAAAAUAAUUGUCUGUAGAGCUCUUACAAAGGAUUGUGUCAAGGCACAGAUCUCAGGAAGGGUACUAAAAAAUAUCUGCAGCAUUGAAGGUCCCCAAGAACACAGUGUCCUCCAUCAUUCUUAAAUAGAAGAAGUUUGGAAACACCAAGACUCUUCCUAGAGCUGGCUGCCCGGCCAAACUGAGCAAUUGGGGGAGAAGGUCCUUGGUCAAGGAGGUGACCAAGAACCCAAUGAUCACUCUGACAGAGCUCCAGAGUUCCUCUGCGGAGAUGGGAGAACCUUCCAGAAGGACAAACAUCUCUGCAGCACUCCACCAAUCGGGCCUUUAUGGUAGAGUGGCCAGAAGGAAGUCACUCCUCAGAAAAAGGCACAUGAUAGACAGCUUGGAGUUGCCAAAAGGCACCUAAAGGACUCUCACCUAAAGGACUCUCACCUAAAGGACUCCUAAAGGACUCUUGGGCCAUGAGAAACAAGAUUGAACUCUUUGACAAGUCUGGAGGAAACCUGGCACCAUCCGGUGAAGCAUGGAGGUGGCAGCAUCACGCUGUGGGGAUGUUUUUCAGCAACAUGGACUGGGAGACUAGUCAGGAUCGAGGGAAAGAUGAAUGGAGCAAAGUCCUACUAAUUGUGAAGAAGAAGGUAGUGUAUUCAUGUCAGUGUUGGACAGCAGUGUGUGAGAGCUGACCACUGCCCUGACACAACGGAUGAGGUGUUAUAUUCUCAGGCUCCAACAUCUCUUCUUCACACUCAAAAGUAGCGUCACUUAUCACAUACUAUAUUUGGCAUCCUGUCUAAAUCCAUCACACAGGAGACAUGUAGCCAGCCUGGCUAUUUAUAUAAUGAAGAAGUGAGACUUUGAUGAUGUCGCCCAGAACCUAUGAUUAGGGUCAAAAUUAUACUUCUUCUGUUACUCUUCACAAACUGGGUGAAUUCUUCUGAGCGGAAGGAACAGCUAUCUCUCAUACUAUCCUUGCAUUGGUUUUGUUUGUGCUGUAAGACAUUGCCAGAUUAUGGAAGUGCAGCUCUGAAUAGAAAAUAGAGGACUUUGUUGAAGUACCAAAGUUAAUUUGAUAAACUGAAACCCUGCGUUGUAAAGAGACAUGGAGGCUGUUUUAGGACUGUUGGUGAUCUCAGCAGGAGUGUCUCAUGGCUUGGAAACUUCCUGUGAUGCUAGACAGAAUGGAUCUCAGUGUUAUGGAGCUCUGGGAGGAACUGUCUAUCUCCAGCUGACUGAUACCAUGGCAUAUAAUCACUACUCAUUUUAUAAAGGCUCAACUGAUGCUAAAACAGAGAUACUGAGAGUGAAGGACACAUUGGUAAUAAGAGAGACCCCCAUUAAAAACCGAGUACACUUCUUUAUAAAUAAUGGGACAUUUAGGUUAAAUAACAUACAAAGGAAUGAUUCUGGUGAAUACCAGUUCGAAAAAUACGAUUCAGAAGGGAAAUCAUCUGGGAUCAGAGGACUACAACUGUUCAUCGAAGCUCCAGUGUCCAGUCCUCAGCUGUCCUCUGAGUGUCUGUCUCAUGGAGAGAUGAAGGUGUCCUGCUCCUCUGAGGGGGAUGGUCCCCAGUACAGCUGGACUCUGGAUGGACAGACGCUGAACGACACUGAUGCCCCUCCUGAUAAUAAGACAAACACCAUCACUCUGAAGAAAGGCCUGUCAGGAGAUCUCACCUGUACCGUCAGAAACAACAUCAACCGUAAUACUGUCAGCAGGAGAAUCUCACACUGUCCAGGGCUGAUAUAUGUUAACUGCACCUUAUCCAACGGGACAAAGAUAUCAGAGUGGGUGAAUGCCACUGGUAAUACCCUGUGUGUUGAGCCUACAACGUUGACGACUGAGUCUCCCACCAGUAAAACCUUCACUGGUAAGGGCCCGGGGCAUGACACCCCAAUGACCUCCAGACCCAGCAAUCACACCCAGGGCUUGACUAACAGCACUUGUACUAACACUACUCAGACCCUUUGGAUUUUUAUCACAAAGUACAUAGGGAUGGCAGCAGGGUCUCUGGCAGGAGUGGUCCUUGUCUUAUUGAUGGUGUUGGCAGUUUACUGUGUCCAGAAGAAAAAUAAACCACCUUCAAAGGCUCAAGUUAAGGGUGACAGCCAGGAUGUGGAAUACGCUGAUGUCAGGAUACUGAGGCAGGAAAUGAGACAGAAGGAGAGGGAGGCGCCGGUGGAGGUGGAAUAUGGGCACGUGGAUGAAGCGUGUGGUCCCCAGCAGCCGGUGGACGUGGAGUAUGGACAGAUUACAAUAUUAGAGGGUCCCAGGAGGAAGGUAGACAUGCCUGAGGAGGAGUAUUGUAUGUAUGCCAGUGUACGGAAAGGACAGUGAGCAAGGUACUGUCUAGAUAGAAUAUGGUAGAAUAGAAGGAGCCUGAGAGUUGAAUCACUGGGAGUCUGAGUUGAAUCACAGGUGCUUCGCUCAAAUCUCUCCGUUCUCUUGAAGUGUUCACUUGUAGUCAUGGAUUUGAAAAGGAUGCCGAAACCAAUCCUACACCAAUCCAAUGCUUUGACAUAUAUGUGGAGAGUAGUGAACAAGUGCACGCUUCAGGGGAAAGGAGAGAUUAUUGGGAAUCAACCCCUGAGAGGCCCAGAGUUGACACAGAUGACAGACAUGUUGAAUCAUGUUGUCUUAGUUACAGUUACAGCUGUGUGUUGCAUGUUGAUGCGUGUCAGGACAUAGUGUCUGUUUCCAGGAAGUCAAAUCAAAUCAAAUCAGAUUUUAUUUGUCACAUGGUUAGCAGAUGUUAAUGCGAGUGUAGCGAAAUGCUUGUGCUUCUAGUUCCGACAAU